AUAAAAAAGCAGACUCGUGCAGUUUUAGCAGUUUCGCUUGGAAGCAGAGAAUAGAGAUAUUCUGUGUCAGAGGAGAGGUUGAAAAGCACGUCUGAGCUGAGAACGCUGUAAACCUGUUCCAAGAUGAAGGUCGUGUUGCUGUUUUGUGUCCUUCUUGGAUUUGUCAUUUCAAUCAAUGGUGCAAGGGUUGAGGAACCAUUGGUGGAGAAGAGUGUUCCGAAAGAAGUUGAUGUAGAGGAAGAUUUCUGUAGCAGCGAUAAAGAAAAUGAGCCAGAAGCUGAAGAGCCCUUUGAAGACGAGGACAGUGAUGCUGCAGGACUGCACGAUGACAGCGAUGCUACAGAAAUGAAAGAGGACAAUGAAUUAUCUGAAGAUAGUUCUGAUCAGUUAGCAAAGGACGGCUCUGUAUCUGAUCCACACUGGCGGAGACGCAGGCGCAGGCGCAGACUUUUUUGGCGCAGACGUUUUUGGCGGAGACGUUUACGGCGAAGACGUUCUUGGCGGAGACGUUCUGGGCGCAGACGUUCUGGCCGCAGACGUUCUGGGCGCAGACGCUCAAGGCGAAGAAGAUCGUGGCGCAAAUGAUACGGAAAAUAAACGAAGAAAUUUUUAAGAUCCGUCAUUUUAACUUGUGUUUUUAUGUUUGCUCUUUUAAAGCGGUUGAUUUAGAUUGACUGAGAAGGAAA